AUGCAAAGUUUUUCAAACCAAAGUGGGAAAUUAACACAACUAACAGAUAUUAAUGAGACUCAACACAUUGAAUACUUUUGGGAGGUUAUAAAAAACAUCAUUACGAAGACAUCAGAGGAAAUCAUCGGAAAACAAGGGAAAACUAAAAGGAAACCAUGGUUUAAUACAGUGUGCGAGCUCAAAAUCGUGAAGGAUGGAGGCAGUUAUGUUUGGAUGUGUGGUCUAAAAGCCAGCAAACAAAAAAAAUCUAAAAUGUAA